CACAGCGGAAACAGUUUUGGCAUCAAACGAACGAGGGUUUUAUUUCUGCUUGGCUGUGGUCUCGCAACAAAAAAUUGGCUUAUACUAUUUUAUAUAUAUAUAUAUAUAUCGACUUAGUUAUUAAGAAAAAAUUAAAAUGGCUUUAAAUUUGCAAUAUGAUGCUAUAGGUAAAAGUUUUGUACAACAAUAUUAUAUGCUCUUUGACGAUCCAAAUCAGAGGCCUAAUUUGGUAAACAUGUAUAACGUAGAGCAUUCAUUUAUGACCUUUGAAGGAAAACAAUUACAAGGUUCAGUAAAAAUAAUGGAAAAAUUAACUUCUUUAGGUUUUACAAAUAUUUCUAGACAAAUUACAGAAGUAGACUCGCAACCUAUGUUUGAUGGUGGAGUACUAAUAAAUGUUUUAGGAAGAUUACAAGUUGAUUCAGAUCCUCCUCAUGCAUACACCCAAGUUUUCGUAUUAAAACCAUUAAACGGAUCAUUUUUUGUUCAACACGACAUAUUUAGGUUGAACAUACAUAACAGUGCCUAAUUUAAUUAUAACUCAUUAUUCAACUCCAAUAUGCAGUCUCAAACUUCACUUGUACAUCUUUAUUUUCGCUUGUAAUGUCUUCACACUAAUAAAAUUAUUUUCUAAAAAAAA